UUCGAACAAUUGACCCACCGCGACAACUUUUUCCGUUCGACGACGGCAUCCUUCUUGUCCUUGGACAUGGCGAGCCCCGCGGAAGGUCUGCACCUGAUGGUGCCCAAGCACAUCCUCCAGAACGUUGUCGAAGGCACCAAGUCGCUUCUAAGCGAGAAACGACUGCUGCAGCAACGCCUCGACGAAGCCGGUGGACGCAUCUUUGCGCUGGAGCGGCAACUCGCAGAUCAGCAGAUGCGCACGGAGGUGGCCAUGCAAUCCGCGGCGAAGACACCUGCGUCGAACGCGUCGCACAAGUUCAAAAACUUGACGCUGCAAGUCAUGAAAACCAAGCGCAGCGUGGGCGACGGCCGCGACGGCGCGCUGUCGCCAACGUCCGACCACAUGCGAAAAGACGAAGAGAUUUACAAACUGCGCGGGAAAACCAACGAGCUGGAAACCCUCAUCGCCGCCACGCGCGCCAUCACCCACCAAACCGCGCACCGCGAAGUCGUGUCAUCAACGCUGAAUGCCGCGAGGAACCUCGUGUCGGCGCGCAUGUACUCGCUGGCGCUGACGAACGAAGGCAACAGCUCCAUGCUCCUGUACUCGAUGGGGGUGCUGAGUCUCGCCGCGGCCGGGGAGGAUCGGCACGUAAACAAGUACGGUGGGUUUCAGGACGAAGGCUCGAUGGGCGUGGACAACACGACCACGUUUGGCCACGUUAUCAUGACGGGCACCGUGUUUGACGCGUUGCAAGCGACGGCCACGGGCAUGUUCGAGUCGCAAAUGGACGACUUUGACUUUGUUCCGCACUCGGUGCUGUGCAUGCCCAUCCGCAACGCCCACGGCACGAUACUAGGGGCGCUGCAAGUCGUGACCCAGCGACAACACUCCGACGAGUACAUGCAAAACCAAGUGUUUACGUCUCUGGACAAAGAUCGGUUGGAGCAUUUGUGCGUCGUGUCGGGGUCGGCGAUUUGGAACCUGCGGCUGUCCAAGGAGCGGCAGACCGCGCAAACGCGCAUCGAGAUCCUUCUCCGCCUCAACCGGAGCAUCGCCGUCGAAAGCAACUCGGCCGCAGUCCUCGAGAAGAUCAUGGACGUGUCCUACGAACUGCUUCGCUGCGAGCGCGUGAGCUUGUUUGUCAAGAUCCAGGGCGAGAGCGAUCUGUUUGUCGCCCACGCCAACGACGCCACCCGCGGGCAGUACAUUUCUAUUGACAAGGGCAUAGCCGGUCUUGUGGCUCGUACAGGCCAAGUUGUAACCACAAACAACGUGGACGAGCAUCCGUGCUUUGACCGGGAACUGGACGAACGCACGGGCAACUCGACCAAGAAACUGCUGUGCGUACCCGUCAAGGACCCCGACGGCACGAUCCUCGCGGUCGUCCAGGCCGUGAACAAGGUCGACAAGUCCGACUUUUCCAUCGAAGACACACUCUUCCUCAACUAUAUUGCCGAGGCGGCUGGCAUUUCGCUGCACAAGUCGUACCUGCACAAUGAAGUGAUUAUCGCCAAGCGCCUCACGGACGUGCGGCUCAAACUGUCGGACUAUGUACUCAACCACAACGACAUCCACAGCCUCACAGACUUGAUCAUGGUGCACGGCAAAGCUAUCAUGGACUGCGAUCGGUUUGGGUUUUUACUUGUGGACCAUCUCAAGAACGAGCUCUGGAUCACGUCUAACAACGGCAACUUGGGCGAACAAGUCACGCUGCGCCAGCCCAUCUACAAAGGCAUCAGCGGCCUCGUCGCGACCACCGGCGAGACUGUGUGCACCCGCGACGCUUACACGCACUCGCUGUUCGACCCAACGCACGACAACAUCACGGGGUACCGCACCACGAGCGUGCUGUGCAUGCCCGUGUUUGAAGAGCACGUGCCCACCAAGCCCAAGGUCGUGGCCGUCGCCAUGUGCAUCAAUAAACUCCAAGGGUCCCAAGUGAUUGCCUUCAACAGCCAGGACAAACUCACCAUGGCCCGGUUCUGCAAAGAGAUGCAGCACGCGCUCGGCCAAAUGUCGUUGGAAGUGUGCUACUUCAAGGUCGUGAGUGACCGCAACCUGUCGGGGUCGUCGGAAGUGACGGAAGCGGGGGUGAUUUCGUCGCUGCUUCAAAAGCACAGCCGCAACACGUCGGGCAUCAUGACUGCCAACCUCACUCAACUGGACGGCGGCGGUGACCAUCGUGUGGCGGACGACGUGUUUGCCCACGACGUCAAACUGACGCAGCGCCCUGAGCUGGACUCGUGGGAUCUCGACAUCUUGUCGUUUUCGUUCACAGAGGUGAUCCAGAGCGUGCAGACGCUGUUCCGCGCGUACGGAUUUAUCGACACGUACGAGAUUUCCCCCGACAAGAUGCAGAGCUUCGUCGCGUCCGUGGCGCAGCACUACCGCGCCAACUCGUACCACAACUUUUACCAUGCGUUUCAAGUGCUGCACUCGGCGCAUAUUCAGCUCAAAGUGCACAUGCGCAAGUUGCUCACGGGACUCGACAUCUUUGCGCUUAUGAUCGCCGCGCUUUGCCACGACGUGGAUCACCCAGGCAACAACAACGACUUUGAAGUCAAGUGCGUGAGCUCCAUCGCGCUGACGCACAACGACGACGCCGUGUUGGAACGCCAUCAUUGCCGCGUGACAUUCCUCAUUUUGAACACGCCGUCCACCAACAUCUUGGAAAAGGUCGCGCCCGACGCGUUUCGGUCCAUUCGCCGGACGAUCAUCCGAUGCAUCAUGGCCACGGACAUGGCGAACCACUUCACGCAGUGCAAAGCGUUGGAGAACAUGUCGCGGCACCAGCUGCAAGAUGCCGUGAAUCGGUGGGGAGUGGUGGUUCGAAUAGGAUGACGAGUGUAUCCUGAUGCGUGUUGCUGGCAGGAUGGUCGUGAUGGAGCUGAUUGUGCACGCAUCCGACUUGAGCGCCCAAGCGCUGCCGUACAAACUCGCGUUCAAGUGGGGCGACCGCGCCCUCGACGAGUUCCAGAACCAAGCGAGGGAGGAAGCUGACAUGAAUCUCCCCGUGGCGCCGUUCAUGGAGAACCUCGAGUCCAAGGGAGCGCGGCUGAGUGUGCAGUCCAACUUCAUCUGCUACGUGUUGCAGCCGCUGUGGACGUCGUACGGCCUGCUGGUCCCACAAAUGCGGGUACGUCGUGUGCUCGAGUCAGUCACCUGGAGCAACCUUCGGCGGUGUCCUUGUAGUUCUACACCGAAUCGCUCAACAACAACCUGGAACAUUACCGCGCAGACUUUGGCGAGUUCACCCGCGCGCAGGCCGCCCAUCACCACAGCUCCACGUAGUUACGAUCGCUGCUGCACCUUCUAUGCUUGAUCCAUGGCAGUUCGAACCUAAUUAAAGAUGAGAAAAUGCCUAAAUUGAAUAAAAUUCGGAUAUUUC